AAUUGAUUGCAAUAAGUUUAUUAGGAUGUGUUCAUUUGGAAGCGUUAUUUUUUUUUCAUACUUGGUGAUUGUGACGACCGCUCGCAAUACUAGACAAAAAGAUGCUAUAGGAUUUCCUGAAGUUGAUGAAAACCAGUUAUUAGCAAAUAAGCAGAACCGUAUUCCAGUUUUCAUACCCUCCAUGUGUCCUGAGAACGAACUGUUUUAUCCGGGAGACCAAAAAGAUGAUUGGAUCUGCGACUGUCGUCCUGGUUAUUUAUAUCAUCCAAGUUCAGACGCGUGUUGGCCAGCGUACCAAAGAGGCCCGUGUGCUAUUAGCGAGUAUCUGACAUUGCCUAAAACCACAGUUGUACCGGCUUGCAUUAAAAAUCCUUGUUUAAUAGACACAAUGGUUCCUUUCCGAGGACAGUGCGUACAGUUGGGUACAACCGCUCCUUGUGGAGUAAAUACGUACCCGGCUGAAUCUUUAUGGGUAAAUGCGACUACACUUAAUAUUGAAUGUAUCCAAAUCAAUAUUGAACAACGGUUUGGUACAAAUAUUAAUUAUAGACCUGAAGACAUUCAUUGUUGUCCAGGAUGUAAAAGGUACAUAGAAAACAGAUGUCCUACGAAAAGUUAAUCUUUCUUACAAAUUUACUUAGUUAUAAUUAUUUUAUAUUUAUAUUAAGUAAAAUACAGUAUUUCUAUUGCAAACUUGAUGUUCACUAGAAAAAACAUUUAUUAUUUUUAUGAAAAUUAUACAUGACGUAUAAUAUUUAAGUUUUAAUAAUUAAACAAAUACAAAUA